AUGGCUCUUGAGCCUGGCUCUGGCCGGCGCUCUGUCUCUCCUGAGAGCUCAGGUCGGACCUCUCCCCUCCCGCGCCAAUGGAGGAACCAACUUGGCACUGAGGAGGCCCCAUCAAAGGACAAGAACUAUCGAAAAUACGCAUCCGGCGUCGAGCGAGCCCUGACCCUCUUCGAAACGGCCCUGCAGGAAUGGGCAGAUUACAUUUCGUUUCUGAAUCGCUUGUUGAAGGCAUUGCAAGCCCGACACCCCUCGACCACGACUGUACCCUCGAAAUCCACCGUUGCGAAGCGCUUGUCACAGUGCCUCAACCCCUCCCUACCAUCGGGAGUACACCAGAAGGCUCUUGAGGUCUACAAUUACAUAUUUUCAACAAUCGGAACAGAUGGAUUGUCUCAAGACCUGCCACUCUACCUCCCAGGCUUGGCCUCGACGCUCUCAUUUGCAUCUCUGUCUGUCAGGACCCCCUUCCUUGAUCUUCUAGAGCAUCAUUUCCUUGACCUUGAUCCUCGAUCUCUACGGCCAGCAAUGAAGUCUAUCGUUCUAGCUCUUCUACCAGGUUUGGAAGAUGAAACUAGUGAGGACUUUGACCGGACACUGCGCCUGAUGGAGAGCUUCAAGAAAUCGAUACGCCCUCCAGGAAGCGAAGACCUUGAAGGACCACACUCCACUGGAGAUGACUUCUUUUGGCAAUGCUUCUUUCUGGCCUCUAUUACGGGGUCCAGUCGCAGGGCGGGAGCGUUGGCCUACCUCGUAAGGAAUCUGCCCAAGCUGGGUGAGCCUAUUGUACAAGGGAAAGUGGUAAAGAAUGGCGUUCAGGUUGAGGAGCAGUCCACACAACUGGCGCAGAUGGUCACUUCUCCUGAACCAGGACUUCUUCUACGUUCCUUUGCAGCCGGUCUAGCUGACGAGCAACUGCUAAUUCAACGUGGAUUUUUGGACCUCCUCGUCACACAUCUUCCAUUGCACUCCAAGGUGCUUCAGACUAGUGUCAAGGCAGGCGACUUGGAGUUGCUUCUACGUGCUGCAGCAGGCGUUGUCAUCCGUAGAGAUAUGAGUCUCAACCGCAGGUUAUGGGCAUGGUUUCUUGGGCCAGAACCUGCCCCGACAGAGAGCGAGAGCGGCAUGGAUUCGCCUUCUUCUACCGACCCACACCACUCAUAUCUUGCUUCUAAGACAAGUUAUUUCGAGGACCAUGGUCUCCGGCCAUUGACGCGAGCCCUUUUGAGCAUGAUUCAUACCGACCGAGAUUCGAGUCCAGCGGAGAGAGCGAGACCUUACAGAAUAUGCUUGUCGCUAAUGGAUCGAUGGGAGAUCGGCGGAUUAGUUGUCCCAGAAUUAUUCCUACCCAUCGUCAACAGUGUUCGGCAAUACAGAAAUCAGUCGCCAGCCAAGGCAGACUUCAACGAGGUGUUCCGUAGUGCGAGCGUGUUUUUCGAUGGCGUUGAAAGUGGACUCAUAUAUGGCGAGAUUGUCAGCCUACUUGCACAGGCCAUUGGACCAGGAAAUCUGCCGGAUAAAGAGCGGCUGGACAAGCUUGAUUUAGUGAACUUCAUCCUGGCUAAUUUCAACGUCCGCGAGGAGGAAAUGAUAACCAUACACGCGCCACUGACAGCCUUAUCUAUUCUCAGCAUGCUGGAGGACACGAGAGAAAGGCAGAAACCAUCCAAUGCUUCGCCGAGAGGUUCUGGGAAAAUCAUAGAAGGGGCACUGGGCAUUUCAUUGAUCCUUUUGGACCUGGUACCAGAUCGAGCCUUGCCUCCAGCGAAUGAAAAGUCCAAGAGAACGAUAGAAUCCGGUGUCUUGGCAAACAUCUCUGCGGUUGAACUUUUGAAAAAAAUCAAGUCAUUUUACGUUGACGAGCAGGGCAACCUUGACGCCAAUAUUCCUCUUGCGCCAAUCGAAGUUGGUGAACUUCUCCUGCGAAAGUCGGGCCAACUUGUCUGCGAUGGGUUGAAGAGUUCCGACGCAGACUCCAAUUUAGGUGCAAAGGGAAGGAUUCUUACCUCCCUCUUGUUGAAAGCGCCAUCGUCCUACCAGCUCGACGCUACCUAUCUUCUCAAAUGUCUUCAUGAGCGUCUGGAACAUACUGGAAAACUAUCAUUUCUUUCCUUUAACUCAAUCCUCUAUUUGUCUGCUCACCUAUACUCUGCGGAGCGCAUAGAAUUGACAGACCUGUCUGGGCUGGUUACUCCCUUGGUCCAACACGCUUGGGAGUUUCUAUCGGCGUCGGAGCCGAAGUACCAUGUUGAAACGGUUAGGGCCUUGUGGCAGCUUCAGACUGCUCUUACAGUUCAGAACCGGGAUAUUGAAGCCGCUUUAGCAAGCCUCAUCAUCAAGAACGAUGUUCAAGGAUCUUUUGCGUCGCGCCCGGCUGAUGCUGGUCGCCGUUUCUCUGUCUUGUGGUCUCACACAUUGCAAGAUUCCCACUCGGACAGACGAGGGUCAAAAACACCAAUGAUUGAGAAGCCGCCGCAGCUCCGACUGGCUGGGUCAGAAAACUAUGAUGCCAUGUUGACACGGCCGCUGUUCUUGAUGCUGGAUGCGCUCCUGGAUGAACGAACACAGCUGUUUAUGACCGUCAAGGGGUGGCUGAACAGCUUGAUCGGCAUAGAUAAGUUGUUCUUGAUCUUUGUCCGAAAGUUUUCGGCCCUUCCUUUUCUCAGAGCUAGCAAUGACGCUGGGUCCGCUGCGGCAUCAACAGGGUCAACAACAUUUACAGCCAAUGACGAUUUAGAUCUCUGCCUUUAUUAUCUAAGGACGUUGUCAAAUGUUCUUAGAUGGGCUCCUGAUAUUAUAUGGGAUGUUUUGGCAUCAACAUCGCUUACAGUCGAUUCAGAACAUCCAGAGAUCGCGCAUAUGAUUGGACAUGAAGGUGAAAUAUCGAUGCAGGAAAUAUUUAUCCAUGUCUGCCUGCGUUGCAUUGCUGGAAAUAACGAACCAGAAGAAAACAUUCGAGUUCGGUCCGCCCAGCUUCACCGAUACGCCCUGACUGUGAUGCACCAAAUUCUUCUUAAUCCUUACGCCGAGCCUCUCGCAAGCCUUCACCUGGAGAACGUCCUCAUUGAGCGUCUCCUACAAUCGCUUAGUGGAACUGAUCCAUAUGUUCAAGUCCUCCUACUUGAUGUCGUCUUCGAUGCGUUAAAGCUUCGAGACAUCAUAAUUGCCGACAUUCCUCCUUCCCCGACUUCUGAAAGGAGGACAAUGAGCCUGGAUCCUUCAAAAAGCAUCAGAGUAUCGACACAGUCAGAAUCAAAACCGACAGCACCGCCACCAAAUCUACUCAAAUCUCUUCAGGCUGGGCUGAGCUCUCCCAGUAGUCGCAGUGUUCUCGACAGUUGGGUCAGCUUCCUCACAGAAUGUCUACCGUUUUACUCCGAUACCAUCUUUCAAGUUCUCAUUCCUCUCGUCGAGACACUUUGUCGCCAGAUCUCCAACACUUUCCAAGAUUUGCAAUCCAUGUUCAGGGACAAUGGCGGCUCAAGGCAGGAUGCGUGGAAUGCUCCAGAGUCCACUCUUAUCUCAUUAUUGAAUGCUCUGGAGCAGGUUCUAGCGCGAGGGCACGAGCGACUUCUAGUCGAAGAGGCUAGAACGCAGGUUGUCAAGGGCCCAGACCAGCAACCAGGCUUCUUUGGAAACAUGGUAUCUGGUGUCUUCAACUCCGAUGCCCCGCAAACGCGGAGUGCUACUGCAAAUGACAGACUCACGGUUCAUCUUGCAUUCCAGGACGCUGUACGCAUCUGUUUUACAAUAUGGUCAUGGGGCCAAGGGAACGAUGCGAAUGAACAGGAUACAACUUCGGUAGCGUCUUUCAACUACACGUCUCUUCGUAUGAGAAACCGGGCAAGACGGUUGCUUGAGCAUCUUUUUGCUGCGGAGACCUUGGAGUGUCUUGAAACGGUCAUUGAUAUCUGGCGAAGCUCCAUUAACAUCACGACACCAGUACCUCAGUCAGAGGUCUUCAAUCUGCUACCAGCACUAGAUGGUUCUCGGCCAAAGCACACUGUUCCUGCCAUAUUCAAUGCUAUCUACAGCAGAACCAACCCUGCUGCUUUGGAUGCGUCUCGGAAGUCUACUCUGACAACGUCACUUCAAGACAUCGACCUCGUAACGUUUCUGGUUGAGUAUGCUCGUACGCUAGAGGACGAUGCAAUGGAUGAGAUUUGGCUCGACUGUAUGGCCUUCCUGCGCGAUUUGUUGACGAAUCCUUUCCCACACCGACAAACACUACCCAGUCUACUAGAGUUUGCAGCCGUUUUGGGCGAAAAGGUUGACAACACUAACUUCGGGGAACAACGAAAAAUGAGGCGUGAACUGGGAGACCUCUUCCUGCGGCUAUUGACCGCGAUAUUUACCACUAAGCCUAUGACCUUUGCAGACACAUCACCAUCUUACGAAAAGGCGGAAAAGAAUCGUGACGGUAUUCGCCGUACUGCAACGAUCGCGUUGGUCAGCGUUCUCGAUCGAGCCGAGGAUGUGGUGGCCAUCCUUGCAUCCAUCGUCCCGAACCUCCCCAAGAUCUUGGUAGAAACAGACCGUGUCUUGUCUGCAGCAGGUACUAUAUCGACCAAUGUUAUUGGACCGGCGUUCAGGGCAAAGGCUUUUCCUGAGACUGUUUCCAAAAACACAUUGGACCUGCUUCAGGAGUUGUCUCGACUGCCAAACAAUCAGAAAUCGUGGAAGAAGGACGUCAGCGAUGCUUUCAAUGAUGCUAGGUUCUUCAGCUCAAGCAUUGACCUAGUGCGUAGUGAUUGGUUGCCACUGCUGAGGCAGUGGACCGUCAGUGAUAAGGAACGAAUGCCCGAACUUUUGAGUCGUAUGAGUCCCCCAACAACAGCCGGUAUUGUGUUUGGCGUCGGUGCUACUUCUGCCCGCCUCGAAGCAGACCGAAAGACGCAGCUUAACCUUCGUCGGACGGCUACCUUAGUUCUGGCCUCAAACGAAGAUGCCUACGUCACAGAACUGCCUCUUAUACUGGACAAGGUGGUGGAGCUUCUUGCUGCCACAGCAACGUCAUCGCCAUCUUCUACAACACGGGCAGAGAUUUAUAUGCUCGUUCGUGCGCUGGUACUGAAAACCAGCGCUGUUCACCUGGCUAUGAUAUGGCCGGUCAUCAACGCCGAACUUCAUGCCGCCAUUGCCUCCGUUGUUGCUCCGGACCACAGCACUGCAUCCGAUACAUACAAUAACCUGUCGAUUUUGCAAGCUUGUAAAUUGCUUGAUCUUCUUAUUUGUGUUGCGCCGGAUGAUUUCCAGCUUCAUGAAUGGCUCUUUGUCACCGAUACAAUUGACGCGGUAUACCGGUCCACUAACUACCAGCCGGUUGCUCUGGUAGAUGAACUCUCAGAGGAGCUUGGUGCCAUGGGUGUCAGCUCAUCUCUGCAAAGCACGCCGGCUGCUCACCUUGCUGCAAGCAGCUCCCACAGACGGCCACUCCUGGGACACGGCGGCAUCAACGACGAGAUCAGUAUUGACAGAAAAGACGAGCUGGUCGGUAAGAUUUUGCGUCCCUUCUUCGGCCAGCUCAGCAUCUUUGCAUUCGAGUCAACCUACGCAAUGGCGUCUCUGGAUCGAGAAUUCUGCGUUCACGGGCUAUUGAAGGAUUUGUUUGACGAACGUAGCGUGGUAAAGGCGUUGUAA